AUGUUAAAACGUACACUUUUCGCUACUUUUGUAGCCUUUUCUCUACUAGCGUUAUGUCUCAACGCAGCUCCCGAUUCAUUUGUCGAUUUAAAGGCCCAACUUGGCAGCGAUGUUAUAUUCGUUCAAAAGAAUGAAACUGCAAUCAUGGCUGCUGGAAAAUUUACGAUAGGCAUCAAAGAAAAUAAACCCGAAAAUUACUUUCUCCAAUUUGGGGAUCGUUUAAAAGUAAACUUUAAGCAAGCAGAUAUCCAAAUUAAG